AUGUCUAAGGAAAACCAAGUCGAAGAAGAGAAACAUUAUGGCUCUGGCGUCACUGAGCUCGCCAUUGCUUCUGAGGCCCUAACAGACAACAUCAAGUGGUUCAGAAGUACCCUCGUUCAAGUCUUAGUCGUUGGGAUAACCUCUUUUCUUGCGCCUGGAGCAUAUUCAUCACUCGCUUCAGUGGGUGCUGGUGGGCUCGCUAACGUCAACAUCGGUAACGCGAGUGUCGCUUUGGCCUAUGCUUUGAUUGUCCCUUCUGCGUUGUGCGCGACUGCAUGUCUUUCCAAGAUUGGUCCCAGAUACAGUCUUUCACUCGGAGCAGCAGGCUAUGUCUUCUACGCCGCGGCUUUAUAUCAAAACUCUGCUACAGGCAAUCAGCCAUUUCUGGUCGUCGGGGCAAUUAUUUGCGGAGCGACCAGUGGUAUCUUUUGGGUUUCUGAAGCGGUCAUCACCUUACUAUAUUCGGAGCCCAAGUACAAAGGUAGACAUUUGGCCAUUUGGCAAUCUCUCUUCCAACUCGCUACAUGCAUCGGCGGUGCUAUCAACCUUGGCUUGAACAUCGAUUUGAACGAGACAGGUGGUCUGAAGCCUAAGACCUUCCUUGUCUUUGUCGGCCUCAAUGCGAUUGCACCUCUCGCUGCGCUUCUCUUGACUGAUCCUAAACAAGUACAGAGAAAAGAUCGACUUCCGGUACCAGCAUUUCCCGCCGAGCCUAUCCUCAAGGAGGUGUGGUUGACUAUAGUGGAGCUAAAAGAUCCCCGAAUCAUCGCUUGUUGUUUCCUAUGGUCUCAAUCGUUGUUUAUCCCAUCAUGGACUUCGACAUACCUUGCCAUUCAUUUUUCUGUUCGUGUUCGGGGUUUGACCUCCCUCAUCACCCCACUUUUGACUAUCUUGACCCUCGCUUUGGUUCUGGGGCUUGGAUCAGCUAUCUGGCUUCUGGUGAUGCAGGUUAGACAGAGUAAAGAAGCUGUCGUUCCAACUUGGGAUUGGAGUACACCUGGUUUCGGAGCAGCUUGGGUACCUUAUCUCUUCUCUUUCGCUGCUUCAUGGACAACUUAUGGCUUCUUCUACUACAUGGCCACCUACUGCUUCCCUCGCGAGGCGUCUGGAGCUAGAACCACGCGAAUCAUAGCUACAUUGCGACCCGCUGAAUCGGGAUCCGCUGCCAUCGCUUUCGGCAUCAACUCUAUCAACGUUCCUCUGCACCACAUCGGCUAUAUCAAUUUGGUGUUCAUUAUCGUUUGCCUGUUCUGCGGGUACUAUGUGCUUCAAUGGAUCUGGAAAUAA